AUGAAGGUACCUAUAUCUAUCUAUCUAAAAUCUAAAUCCCAAUAUCUAUCUAUCUAUCUAUCUAUCUAUCUAUCUAUCUAUCUAUCUAUCUAUCUAUCAAUCUAUCUAUCUAUCUAUCUAUCUAUCUAUCUGUUUCAGUAUCUAUCUAUCUAUCUAUCUAUCUAUCUAUCUAUCUAUCUAUCUAUUUAUCUAUCUGUUUCUAUCUAUCUAUCUAUCUAUCUAUCUAUCUAUCUAUCUAUCUAUCUAUCUAUCUAUUUUAGGAUAUUACACCGAAAACAUCCCUCUUUUAAAUUAAAUGUUACGAACUUUGGAAUUGUAUUCUAUUCGUUCACAUCUUACCUGGAUAUCUAUCUAUCUAUCUAUCUAUCUAUCUAUCUAUCUAUCUAUCUAUCUAUCUAUCUAUCUAUCUAUCUCAAUGUUCAUUCGUCACAUUGUGUUCAAUUUUCAUCUAUAAUUCCUCUUCACUGCUCAUUCUCUUCAACUUCAUAUCUAUCUCUUCUCUUUCUCUAUCUACUUUUCUAUAUAUCUCAUAAUCUAUCCCGUUCACUGUCUAUCUAUCUAUCUAUCCCGUUCACUGUCUAUCUAUCUAUCUAUCCCGUUCACUGUCUAUCUAUCUAUCUACCCCAUUUUCUGUCUGUCUGUCUAUCUAUCUAUCUAUCUAUCUCGUUCUCUGUCUAUCUCUCUCUAUCUCAUUCUCUUUAUUAUAUCUAUCAGAAAAAAAUGGGAAAGGAUAGAUAG